AUAAUAUUAAAUAAAUAAUGGAUCAGCAUAGGAAAGGAGAUGCCAGAGUGUACAUCAUCAUAAGUCUCUUCUUCUUGUUCAUAAUCUCCGGCGGCAUCUUCCUCAGUCUCUACAUGGUCCUUCCCACAACUCCGUCAUGGUAUCCCAUCCUAGUCGUCGCUCCUCCAGGGGUGGAGGAAGCACACGUGAACCCACGACUGCAGCCACCACAACUGCCAAUACCUCGGCCUCUGACUCUGGAAAUUUGGAGUCUCAUAAUGGCGGUUGUGGUGGCGGUGGUAAUAAUGAUCAUAGGAGGGUGCAGUUUGGACCAGUUGUGGUUUUCGGAGGUGAUGAUGGUAAGAGUAGUGGUGAUCAAAUAGUGGAAAAUGAAUGUUGUAAUAAUAAUAAUAAUAAUAAUAAUAAUGAUGAUGAAAGGAAUAAUAAUGAAGAAAUUGAAAUGCCUUUGAGAUUAUCGGUUUCAUAGGUGUGAAUAUUUUUCUUUU